CCUUCCCCUGACGUGCGGCCCCCAAGCACACAGCACCUCCUGCGGAGAAGGCUGGGGCCCUUCCCCGCGGCUGCGGGAGGAGGUCCGGGGCAGAGGCCAGCCCCUGUCCGGGCGUGGUCGCGCAGGUGGACAGCUUCACCCAGGGCGCCUCCAGGUCUCCAGGAAACCGCUUCCAGACAACAGCGUUCUUUAGUCCCCAUGGCAACAGGGCCUGCGCUCCUGUUUCCAGGGAAACAAAAUCCUCAGCGUCGCGGUUGCCACAGCAACGUCUACGGGCUUCCUCGGCCACUCGGUCGCCAGCCCAGAGGGGCAGCUGGGCACCUUGGACGGAGGAGCCAGGUGUCGUGCCGGCGUGGGGCUGGUGCACUGACGCAGGUCCUGGCCCGGCCCGGGUCCCGGCCGGAGACUCACCUGGCCGCCAAGCCCCGGCUUUCUCGGAGUCCUGCCCUCCCACUCGAGAUGAGCUCUCCCUCCAGCGAGCCUGGCCACGGGGGUGCCACCGCAGAGCGGUCCCCACUGGGGCUGGACAGCGUGAUCCAGAGGCUGGAGGACACCGUCUUGAGUCCCAUGGCCAGCAGAGAAGACCGGGCACUGACCGUGCGUGGGGAAGGCUGGCCGGCUUUGCCCACCCCUGUGCCCGCCCGAAUCCGUGAGAUCGUAGCUGGCAGCCUGAGGGACGAACCACACCAAGGGCUGCAGGAGCCGCCGGCCGUGUCAGCAGGGGUGCAGGAGGAGAACGAGCGUCUGCAGGAGGAGCUGUCCAGGCUGGGGGAGCUGCUGGCCCAGGCAGACGCAGAGCAGGACGAACUGGCCGGCAGGUACCGCGCGGUCAGUGCGCGGCUACAGGCCCGUCUGGAGACCACCGAGGCUCGGCUGCGGAGGUCGGAGCUGGAGCAUAGCGCGGACCUGGAGGAGGCCCUGGGCCGUUUGGAGGCCGCUGAGCAGAGGAGCACGGGGCUCUCCCAGGUGAACACCCUUCUGCGGGAGCAGCUGGGGCACAUGAAGAAGGCCAAUGACAGGCUGGCCGAGGAGCUGGCCAGGACGACGGACGGCGUACUUCACCUUCGGGGCCAGCUGGAGCUGAGGGAGGCACGGCACCGGGCAGAGACACAGGUGCUUUGCCCGCUUCUGCCCGUCGGCAGGGGCCACCUGAUCCGGCGCUUUGGCUGGCGACACCACUGGCAGGAUUCCUCCCAGACGCUGCCUGGAAAACGGCCUCCUCCAGGGAAAGGAGGCCGAGGUGGCCCCUCACUGCCCCUUUUGGGAAGACGAGCCCCUGGGAAAGGGGGCUGCAGAGCCACAGGUGAUAUGGGUGUGCUCCCCACAGAGGAUCCGGGAGAGGCAGUGUGGAGAGGCCGGUGGGGUUGCAGGCUGCACUCGCCUCGCACGCCUGAGCAGACUCAGGCCUCUUGCUCGCAGAUCCGGCGCACACGCUCGGGAGGGUCCCAGGACUUCCUCCUCCUGUGGAGACAGGUCACCGCACUCCGCGUACAGCUGGCCGAGCUGCGCACAACCGCAGAGAGGGCUCUCACUGACAUGCGCGUGGAGAUGGCCAGGACAGCCGGGCGCCUGCAAACGGCCUGCCUGGCCCUGGGCUCCAGGCUGCGGCUGGCGGCCAGAAGUGCGGCGGGCGCCCUGGAGCAGCGGCUGCGGGGCCAGGUGCGGGAGACGCUGCAGCUGCAGGGCCGCUGGGACGCAGAGAAGGUGGCGCUCCAGGCCAGACUCUCUGAGCAGACGCUGCUGGUGGAGAAGCUCACAGAACAAAACUCGAAGAAGGAGAGAACCAUCUCUUCCCUCAAAAUGGAUGUCCAGAAACUGGAGUCCCGGCGCAGCGGAGGCCAGCGGGCAGCGGACACUUUGGAGGACCAAGUUGAAGCCCUACAGCGUGUCUUGGAGAGCAUCACAGAGGUGGCCCAGGAAGACGCAGGGUGCCCGGAGCGGGCGUGCAGCGGCGGUCCCGAAGCUCAGGAGGCACAGGGCCAAGUGCAGAGGCCCGGGAGCUCUGCGUCCCCCCACCGCGGGGUGUCCCCACCGCGGGCCCACGCCCUGGACGCCCUGCACCCCGCGCUGCAGGCUGUGCACGCGGCUAUCGAGAGGUGGCGGCUGCUGGAGCAGGAGCUGCGCCUGCAGCUGGGGUCCUCCCAGGCGGUGGCAGCCAGGCUCCGGGAGCAGCUGUCGGAGGCCCAGCGGGAGCUGCAGGCCUCAAGGAGGCUCCUACAGGAGCGGGCGCAGGAGCAGGUGCGGGAGCCCGAGGACCUCCUGCGCGAGCUGGAGGCGCAGAGCUGCGAGGCACAGCGCUGCAGGGCGUCCAGCGAGCUCUUGCAAAGAGAGAAAAGGGCUCUGGAAACGGCGGUGGAGGAGAUGAGAGGGAAGGUGGCCUGUGCAGACGCAGAGAAGCAGAGGCUGGAAGCCGAGAACACGGAGCUGCACAGGAGCCUCCUGCUGUGGGCGGAACAGAAGGAAGAGCUGGUGCAGCAGGGCAAGCGGGGCCGCCGGGAGCUGGAGACCAGUCAAGGGCGCCUGGAGCAGCUGGAGGAGAAGGUCUCAGGGCUCAAGAAGGAGCUGGUGUCCGCCCAGGAGGCGCUGAACUCGGCCCGGCUGCAGAGGGACGUUCUGGAGAGCGAGAGGGAGGGUCUGCACAGAGCCCUGGCCCGGGCCGAGUCCAGCAACACUGACCUGGAGCUGCUGGUGACCCGGCUGAAGUCGGAGGGUGUGGAGCAGAGGGACUCCCUGGCCAAGAUGGCUGCCCUGACGGAGGGGCUGGCUCGGGACAAAGGCGCCCUGGGCCACCAGGUCCUGCAGCUGGAGCAGGAGCGGGAGCAGCUGCGGGAGCGGCAGAAGGCUCUGGAGCAGGAGCGGGCGGGUGCCCUGGAGCGGCUGGCGCGGGCGGAGCAGCAGCUGGGGCCGGUGCAGCAGGCCUGCGGGCGCCUGGAGGAGCAGCUGCAGGGGCGGGAGGCCGCCUUCGAGCGCCAGAGGGCCCGGCUGCAGGAGCAGGUGGGCCAGGUCACGUGCAAGAAGCAGGCCCUGGAGGAGCAGCUCGCCCAGAGCCUGCAGGACCGGGAGGCCCAGCGGGACACGCUGCAGAGGACCCUGCAGGAGAAGGAGGCUCUGUCUGAGGAGCGGGCCCAGCUGCUGGCCAAGCAGGAGGCCCUGGAGAGGCAGGUCCGGCUCACGGCCGAGGAGGCGGCCGAGCUCAGGGCUGAGAGGGACUCUCUGGAGAGAAGCCUCUUUGAGACCCAGCAGCUGGUGACGCAGCUCCAGGCACAGCGGGAGCAGCUGGAGGGACAGGCCCGGAGCAUGCGGCUCGCUCGGCAGGCCCUGCAAGUGGAAAUGCAGCAGCUGAGAAGUGCCUGGGAGGUCCAGGAGACAAAGCUGCAGUGGGACGUGGGGAGGCUUCAGCGACAGGUGGCACAACAGGAGCGGGACUUGCAGCUGGCCCUGGAGAGCCAGGCGCUGGCCCACCACGAGGACCUGGCUCGGCUCCAGAGGGAGAAGGAGUCCCUGAGUCUGUCUCUGACAGAGGAGAAGGAAGUGGCAGCUCACCGGUUGGAACAGGAGAAGAAGCUGGUAGCAAAGAAUGCGGCCAAGAGGGAGGCUCUGAAGGAGGAAAUUCAGAGCCUAAAGCAUGAGCGGGAUGAGAGUCUCCUCCAAUUGGAAAAUGAGAUGCAAGAGGCCCUGUCACUGAAAGAAGAAGAGAGGAGGCUGCUGAGGGAAGAACUCUUCAGAGCCAUGCAGGAGCUGGGACAGGUGCGGCAGGAGGCCCAGAGCCAACAAAAGCAAGCCGAGGCCACCGUCAGCGCCACGGCUGCGGAGCUGAAGGCCCUGCAGGCCCAGUUCGAGGACGCCAUCUCGGCCCAUCAGAGAGAGGCCGCAGCUCUGAGAGACAGUCUCCGGGAGAUGGCGGCAGAGAGAAGCAACGCCGGGAGAGAAGCGGAGGGGCUGCGGGCACAGCUGGACGAGGCCCGGGAGGCACUGGCCGUGCUGCGCGGGGAGCUGCAGGGCAGCGAGGAGAGCCGCGAGGGGCUUCGCAGGGAGGCCCUGGAGGCCCGCCGGGCGCUGGGCGAGGAGGCCCGCGAGAAGGCUGUGCUGCAGAGCUCCAACACCGAGCUGCGGGCCGCUCUCCGCAGGGCCGAGCAGGACAAGGCCAGUUUUCAGAGGUCCAAGGAAGAAAGGGAGCAGAAGGUGCUGGUCCUGGAGGAGGCGCGAGCAGCGGCCCAGAAGGAGGCCUGUGAGCUGCGGGCCAGCCUACGGGAGGUGCAGCAGGCUCGCGCCGACGCCUGCCGGGAGCUCCAGGAGCUGGGCACACAGGUCCUGAGGCUGCGGCGGGAGCUGGAAGAGGCGGAGGCUGGAGCUGAGGCCCGCAAGCAGCAGCUGGAGGAGGGCCUCUGCCAGAGCCGGGGGGCCGAGCGGACCCUCCGGGCCGAGCUGCACAUGGUCACGGGGAAGCUGCAGCAGGCCGGCAGCGUGGCCGACGGCCUCCAGGCUGGCCUGGACGAGGCCGGCCGCCGGAUCCACAGCCUGGAAGGGGAGCUGGCCCGGGCUGAAGGUGCCAGGCGGCACGCGGAGGCCCAGCUGGGCCGGCUGUGGUCCACCCUGUGCCACGGCCUGGGGCUGCGGGGACGAGGCCCCUCAGGCUCCCCCGAGUGGCCCGGCUUCCCCAGUACAGGCUCAGAUAGCAUCCAGAGCGCCGGCCCCCCGACCAGGUCCGGCUCACCACUCCGAUGGCCCUCACCGGCACCUGGGGACCCCUGCCCAGAUGUGGACGUGGCUUCUGUGCGAGACGCCCUGACGGACUUUGUGCAGAAACUGCGGGUUGCCCAGAGGGAACGGGACGACUGGCACCUCCAGGUGGUGAGCCUGAGCGGCCGGCUGAGCGAGGCAGAGCGCGAGCGUGCCCAAGCCCAGAGCCGCGCGGCACGGCUGCAGGAGGCACUGGCAGAGGCGGAGGAAGCCCGGCGCCAGGCGGAGAGUGAGAGGCGCAGGGCCCAGGCAGCGCGCGCCCUGCAGGAGGAGGCGCUCCGGAGCCUGGAGGAGCAGCACCGGGCUGGCAGGCGGGCGGCCAGCUGGGAGAAGCGGAGGCUCCAGGAGCAAGUGGACGCACUGCACGGGGCCCUGGAUGAGAGCAGGAGGCACAGCCAGGGCCUGGCCCAGAGGGGGACGCGGCUGCAGGCGCAGGUCGCCCGCCCGGGGGGCAGAUGCCAGGAGGCAGAGGGCACGUUGGAGCCCGCGCAGACGGAGCAGGAGACGCUGAGGAAAGAAGGGGACACGGCAAGGCGGGGGGCCCGGAAGGAGCAAGUGUCCCAGCCCGGGGGCAGCCUGCACCAGGAGGGGGACAGGGCGCCGAGGCACCACCAGCGGCGGCCGGUCAGCGGGGCCAGCCUCGGGGGUGCACCCAGGGGCAGGGAGUGUCCGGUGGGUCUCACGCCGCACAGCCCACGCGGAGGCGCGCACACAGCCGGGAAGGACGGGGUGGACCGCUCCCACACCGACCGAUGCCGAGACCCAGCCCCAGACGACAGUGGGGUCUACCAGGCUCACACCGCAAGGGGCAGGCAGAGGUGGAACCAGGGCCCAGGGCUCUGUGGGCCCCCGCCGGUCCCCUCCCCAGGCCCCGCGGGAGUGGCCACACGGCCGAGGGGGCUUGUGCAGAACAGAGCAGGACGGGGAGGAGUGUGGGAAGCGCGGGGUCCGGCAGCCUGUGGGCAAGUCCAGGGGCUGCGCCUGUGUGUUUGGGGGGCAUCUCCCCUCCCACCGCUGGCCAGACCCGUACCUCCACACAAGGACUUGGCAAGAGGGGCAGGGGUGAGAGGGGAGGGCUGGACGCCCUACCCUGGACUCUGUGCAGCUCUCAGGUCGGUGGGCAGCAGGGAGGAGCCCAGGUUCUCACCUCGGGCCCGGAGAGCGGAGCAGGCCCAGGCCCAGGCCCGGCGGUCGGGAGCUGGCCACAGGGCCCGGCUGCAGGCUGUGCAGGCCCUGGAGAGCCAGGAGCAGACCCACGGGUAGCGGCGGCGGCCGAAGUUCGCGGAGGAGGAAGUGGCCAGUCUGAAGAAGCAGCCGGACCAGGAAGCACCUCGGCAUCAACAGGCCCGCCUCGGCCAGGCCUUGCGGGCCAAGAAGUGA